GCAUCAAUCCAUUCAUCAUGCUCGCCAUUAAACUCGCGCGCCACGGCGUUAAAAACACUCCCUUCUUCCAUAUUGUGGUUCUGCAAAGUCGUUCCAAGCCUACGAGGAAACCCAUUGAGCAACUCGGCACUUUCAACCCGAUUCCCGAUAAGGAUGGUACCAAAGCAGUAACACUGAACUUUGAACGCGCAAAGUACUGGAUCAGUGUCGGAGCAAAGCCAAGCGAUACAGUUGCCCGUAUUCUCACCAAGGCCGAUAUCAUCCCGCCAAAGCCCAGGCCUGGCAUGCCCAAUCCUAGCAACUCUACCCCUAUUAGACCACCUACUCAAUCUGCAUAAUUUCAUCAUAGAACAUCCGUACAUUACACUUGUUUUUUUUUUCCCCUUUUUUUGUUUUUUGUUCAUUCUUUCACUUGUAUUAAAAUCAAUUGCUAUCACAAC